CCUCAGUGCAGGAAAGAGUUCAUACCGAGGCCUGGACUGGAGAAAAACUUCAUGUUAGCAGAGUUGGUGGAGGAUCUGAAGAAGACUGGACUCCAAGCUGCUGCAGCUGAUCACUGCUAUGCUGGACCUGAAGAUGUGGCCUGUGAUGUCUGCACUGGGAGGAAGAUGAAAGCUGUCAAGUCCUGUCUGGUGUGUUUUGUUUCUUAUUGCAAAAAUCACCUCCAACCUCACUAUGAUGUCCCUGGACUGAAGAAACACAAGCUGGUAAAUCCCUCCAAGAACCUCCAGGACAACAUCUGCUCUCGUCAUGAUGAGGUGAUGAAGAUCUUCUGUCGUACUGAUCAGCAGUGUAUCUGUUAUCUCUGCACUAUGGAUGAACAUAAAGGCCAUGAAACAGUCCCAGCUGCAGCAGAAAGAGCUGAGAAGCAGAAGAAGCUCCAGGAGAGUCGACAACAAAUCCAUCAGAGAAUCCAGGACCAAGAGAAAGAUGUGAAGCUGCUUCAACAGGAGGUGGAGGCCAUCAAUGUCUCUGCUGAUAAAGCAGUGGAGGACAGUGAGAAGAUCUUCACUGAGCUGAUCCGUCUC